UUUCAGAGAAUCAGAGUAUACCCCACACACUCUCUCUCUCUCUACAAAUGUAUACAUGUAUAGUAUAAUGGAUGUGUAUCGUUAGGGUUAAGUAAAAAGUAAGGUGUAGCAGUGAAUGCAUAUGCUUCAAAUAUCCGCUUAAGAGAAAAGAUGACUUCUCUCCAUGGGGUAGCUUUCAACCAAUUGAAUCCCAAGCUUCAUCUCAGAAUAGAUGGCUUCUCUCCAUUAGAACAAAUUGAAAAGGAGAACAGAUCGUCCAAGGAACUUCGUCAGAUUGGGAUAACAAAAAUGAUAUGGGAGGAAUCAGUGAGUUUGUGGGGUGAAGAAGGUGAAAACCAAAUGGGGAGAGUGAAGGUUCAAGAGUUGAGCUUCUUAAAUGCAGAGGUGCUUUCUUUCUUUAGUGACUCCACAGUUGCUUGCACUAUGGAAGCUUUUGAAGAUGGACCUCAUAAAGGCUUGUCUGUUCAUAGAUUCCUUUCUGACCAGCAAGUCAAUGUGUUUGGCACAAGAAAGUCUUCAUCAGUUCCUGCUCCUUCUGCUAUUCCUCCAUUGGAAUUCAAGGACCCAAUUGAGUACUACUUGGAGCGUCUACGAGUUCCAGAACAAACACUACCAAGCUUGCAUGAGCUCUGGGGGAAGUUAUGAGAACCACCACCUGUGGAGCUUCUUUUCCCACUUCAAAAUGAUGUGUACAGAGACUUGCCUCCAGGGAAAGAAAGAUUCUUCACUACCUCAGAACAAUUAGAUUGUAGAGCUAUCACAUCUGACAUCUUCGGCCCAAUUAUCCGACCCAACCCUGGUCUAAUUAGUACCACUGCUGGUAGUAGAGACUCCUUCAUUGGCCUUUGGGAUGAUUGCAUCAAUAGAUAGCGUCCAAAUUUUGCUCAAUCAACAUGGUCUUAAUUCGGAAACCUAGUACUACUUCAUCUUCCUUAGACACAUUGCAGGAUCAAUGGCCGAACCUAACUGGUUUGAUAAGAAAUUUCUGUCUCUGGAGAGGAGAGGAAACUGAUCAAUUAAGGUCAGGUGAUAUUACACCCUCUACUUCAAUACUGUUGAAGCAUAUGUGGACUUACAUGGACAUACCUUAUAUAUUGGGCUACUAUGCUGUUGGCCACAGGGUCACCUUCUGUGCACUGAGUCGAUUACAUGCCCGCACAAUAAAGAACGAUCUUUAUACGGUGGACUUAUCAGUGCGAGCAGAGAGACUAAACGUCCUAGUCCCAUGUUGGAGAAUUGCAGGCUUAUUAACAUUGUUGGCUGACCGGUGUUCCAAUUGCAAACUCUUUCUCUACAGCGAUUUUGACAGGAUCCAUAUGGGUAAUGGGGAUACAUUUGAAAUGACUCCGAACAUGACGACUAGGUUCUUCACCAAGCUGAGAGAAUGGGCUGCCGUGAAAGAAAUCUAUGGCUUCUUGGACAAUAAAAUCCCCCACGCAGAAGUUUUGGUUGGGUCAUCGGAGAGAGAAUUGGCAUUGGUGUUUAACUCCAGAGGGUUCAAAAUUAAGCCCCAGAACUGUGACCAGCUAGUGAAGGCUCUGAUACACGUGACAGAGGCUUUGGUUGAAUUGCAUAAACUUUCUUUCAUGCAUAGAGACUUGGGGUGGGAAAAGGUGAUAAUGAGGAUCAGAAACGGAUAGAGAGAGUGGUUCUUGACUAGGUUCGAUGAGGCAGUGUCGACACCACAAAUGUCCCCACAUGGAGGAGGAGGAGUUGGUGGCACGCCGGAGAUGUGGACGGGGUUGCAUGACAUAAAAGUGGACAUGUGGGGUGUGGGUCAGUUGGUGUGGACUUGUGGGUUAUUGGAUCUACCUGGGUGGCUCACAGCAUUGCAGGACUUGUGUCUGCAACCCAACCCAGAGCACCGUCCCACGGCAGCUCAAUGCCUCAACCUUCUUCAGAGAAGAUAUUGAGUGUGACGUGCAUGCCAUGUCAUUGGCAAUCUUUUGUCUACUGUGUCUUCAAAUUUUGAACCACUUAAUUUGGUAUCAUAGUCAAUGGAUAGAGGUGGAUAUAUGCUCUUGCAUUCUCUUUUGCUAUAUAUAUAUAUAUAUAUAUAUAAAUGUUUACUAUUAACUGUUUAAUGGAUAUUGGUGGAUCCUUGCUUUUGGAAGUUGUAUUCUCUGUUGGCAUUUUUUUUUUUCCCUCUCUCCCUGAGAUAUCUAGUGUUUUGAAAGUUGAAACUGUAUAAUUUACUACUUAAAUGUCGAGGUUGGGGGAUUUGUGAAAUUAUUAUUGUCAAUUUAAUCUUGUGACAUGACAAA